AUGGAUCACGCCAAGUUGGCUAAGAUGCAGCAGAGUGUGCGCAUUGGUGAGUCAAUCGCCGUGAAAGGGCUCAGCGGCGGGGGUGGAUGUGGCAUCUCCAUGGCGGAACCCUGGGAAUUUGAGGCGUGCCGGAAGCAAUUCAACGGGUUGGAGCUUAGCUUGGUGGCAUUUGCAGAGGCAGAGGAUCUCACCACCGGACUUGAAUUCUUCCUGCACGCUUCGACUCCCGGACUCGUAGCCACUGAGCUGCACUGGCUCUGGAUCCCGAAAUGA